AAACAUGUCUUUAUUAGCUAUGUUUGUCAUGAAGUGAAAACUAAAGCAAAAAAAUAUUCCUUCCACCAACACAAAAUACUGUUUACAACACACAAUAUAUAAUAUAUAUUGUGGCUGGAGAUCAAAAGACAGCGCAUGUUACAUAAUCUCACAUGGCCUUCUCCUCUUCUGCUCAUCCUAAUCAUAUAAUGGCAUUUUCAGAAGAAAUCUUGAUGGCCACUCCAUUUUUCAGGUACCCAUUUCCUCAAAAACUCUCUCUUUCUUUCUCUUUUGGUCAAACUUUGCAGUGCCCACCAUCCAUAUGGACCCAAUCAAUGCCUCUCUUCAUCAAUCUUCUCCUUCAAGGGAUGAGCCGCUCAUUGAUGAAGCUUUCGAUCUUUUAGAGCUUUUUUGGUUCUUUGAUAAUCUGCUUGUUAGGAGGAGCCCCAGGAUGUUGAUCUCCCGCUCUGAUCCUUGUCUUUCUAAAGUUGCCCACCAGGUGUUUGUUGAAAGUCCUCCAGCUAAUCUCUGCUCAUCUCAGUUAGAUGGGUGUGUUUCUCUGGGGAAUGGCGGUGGUAUACGUCGGAAUCUGCUUCGAACGCCUUCGUUACCGUCCCGUAUGGAUCGAGGAGAAGGAAUUCGAGAGAAAGAAAAUUGUUCUAGGCCAUUGGUGGAGCAUGGUGUGCUUGUUGGAAUCCCCGUUGAUAAUGUUUCCUCGUCUGCUUUGGAUAUGGAUGUUUCCAUCGGAAAUGGUGGUGGUAAAUGUAGGAAUCUCCUCCGAACACCGUCGUUACCAUCCCGUGUGGACCGAGAGGAAGGAAUUCAAGAGAAAGGAAAUGAUGCUAGGCCAUUAUCUGAGCAUGGUGUGUUUGCAGAACGUCCUGCUGAUAAUGUCUGCUUAUCUACUUUGGAUAUGGAUGUUUCACCAGGAAAUGGUAGCGGUAAACGUAGGAGUCUGCUCCGAAUGCCAUCGUUGCCAUCCCCUGUGGAACGAGAACAAGUUAUUCGAGAGAAAGGGAAUGGUUCCAAGCCAUUAAUAGAGCAUGGUUUGCUUCAAAAACCAGCGAAGCCACCUUAUGUAGAGAGGAAAGAAGAUGGAACUCGCAGCAAAGAGAGUGGCAGCACUCGGAGGAGCAAAUCAGCGAGGAAACCACGGAAUGGUAAUCUGCUAAGAACACCAUCUUUGCCACCGUGUAUAGGGAGGGAAAAGGAAUUUGGAGAAAAGGAAGCUGCUGCUAGAAUCAGAAACUCUAUUCAACCAAACCCUUCUGAAUUCUUUCCCACAAGACAAGAGAUUCUUGAAAAGAACUUCAGCCUCCCGAUGUGUCGAAUCCCGACAAGCAAUGACGAAAUAUGGCACCAAUUUCUCAUCCAAAUGAGGAGGAGAAGAAGCCAAAGUGAACUUGAAUCAGAAGAACUGCAAGGUUUCAAGGACUUGGGAUUCACAUUUGACAAAAAAGAUAUAAACCCAACAGUGGUUGACAUAAUUCCAGGCUUAAGAGAGAAAAAGGAGGAAGAAUUGGAGAGUGAGAGAACUAGAAGGCCUUAUCUUUCUGAGGCUUGGAUGCUUCAAACUCAUCUCCUUCCUCCAAUUCCAAAAUGGGACACUAGAAAACCUGCAGAAGACAUGAAACAACAAAUCAGGUUUUGGGCUAGAGCUGUUGCUUCUAAUGUGCACUAAAAUUGGUGAGGGCUUAUAAACACACCAUAUUAUGGGAAAUUUGCAUAGGUUGCCUCUUUUUUUAGGGAAAAAAAAAAGAAAGAAAGAAAGAAAGAAAGAAGAAACCAGCUAUUUUUGGAGUAUUUUGUCUCUAAUAAGCUAAAUUUGCAGUGCAGCUACCCAAGACUCAAUGGAACUGGAUUGGAGUCCAAAUGAACCUUACUUUAUUGGAGAAAGUAAAAAGUACAGUAAAAAGUGAGGGACAGACAUUUGAAUGAGCUUUGAGGAGAACAAAAUAUAGAACUUUUGUCACUUUUCACCACCAAACAAAGAGAAAAUGCCCUCAUUCUCUAUUUGAACCUACAAAAAGUUCACUUCAAAAUUUGAGCAGGUCGUUGCAUAGGAGACUGGGCCUAUUGAUCCUCUGCUAUUCAUCAAAAAGGGAAAAGUGAACACUGAAAUGUGACAUCUGGAACUAAGAUCAAUUGUAUUUGGUACAAGAGAAUAAGAUUAGCAAAAUGAGAGCUAUUUAUUUCUAAUAGAAAAGUUUAUUUUAUUUUUUUCACAAAUUAA